AGUCGAGCAAGCAAGCUCUCAAAGGCAGCCAAAACCAUCGCGCGCGCCACAUUCCAGCUCCGAUCCGGCUAGCGCAAUGGCACCUAGAGCGGCCGUUCUCCUCCUCGCCGUCGCCUUGGCCGCCGCGGCGUGCGUGGCCGCCUCCGCCCAGACCAGGCCCGGCAGGCUCGUCGUUUCCGGCGUCGUGCCGUGCAACACCGGCAUGCUGAUCGACGUCGCUACUUCCCCGGCAUUCCCAGACGCGAAGGUGGAGCUGCGGUGCGGCGGCGGCGUGGUGGCGCGGGCGACGACGCGCCGCGACGGGUCGUUCGAGAUGGAGGCGGACGCCGUUGCCGGCGCGCUGGGGGCGCUCGUGGGCGCCUGCCAGCUGGUGGUCGACACGCCGCUGGCCAAGUGCAACGCGACGCUGCUGGCGGCCGGGGCGCUGGUGUCCAGCCUGCAGGGCCCGCUGGCAGGGAUGCUCGGCGGCGUCUUCCGCUUUGCCCCCGCCGGCUUCUCCUUCCGCAUGAACUGAUGUGACCACGAUGACCUCGCUCGAGGAAACCGGAUGAUGGAUGAUGCAUGUGCAUCUAUAAAAGACUAAAACAAAUAAGAAUAAGUAAAAACAAACUUUUACUUGUGUGCUAGUGGAAUGGUGGUUAUUGAUCAGUAUAGAUACCUUAACUCUUAAACUGAAAAUAAACGAACACCUACAAGCAAUACGAGUGAAAUGGAAUCAUCUGCUCA